AUGUCAGUUCCAGUAGGAAUCACAGUACCGAAAAUUCUCCCCGUGACGGGCACAUUUCUACCAGCAUUCGCGGCAUACUAUGUUCUGCUCAACCUCCGCGUCAGCCUUUCGCGUGUGGCGACCGAUACGAUGAUUGGCACCGACACCUCGAAGAAAGCGUCUUCGGACUCGAAGCCCAAGAGCAGCCAGUCGGACGGCCAUGCCCUGCUGGUGAACGCGCGAUGCCAUGGGAAUUUCAUCGAGAACGUCCCACUCGCCCUGCUGGUCGCAUCCAUCGUCGAGAUGAAUGGGGGAGACAGACAGGUGUUAACGGGGUCGCUGGCUGCACUGCUCUUCUUCCGAAUCGCCCAUGUCGAGCUCGGCUUGAAAGCAGAGCGUGCGCUGGGUUGGGGACGGUCAGUGGGAUACUUUGGUACAUUGUCCUGGGUUCUUGGUAUGAGCACGUACGCGGCGUGGUUGGUGAAGAGUUACUGGGGCUUGUAG